GUCACAGACUAGCUUUUAUGAGAGAAUAUUUUCGUGUGUUUACCAGUGGGUGUUAAACUAUCCCGAGAGCUUAAUUUGACCGUAGCUUCAUCUGUCCUGUAAAUAUUCGUCUUUAACGGCUGCUCGACUCAACCGCUCACACUGAACGGCCGGACGGCGCGGUUAGACAAACGAGGCAAAAAGAGGAAGCAAUAGCCAACCAUCUUUCUUCUUCUGCCAGCAAUAACAAGAAAGCGAGCAGGCUAGAUUGAAGUAGAGCUGUGUAGUUUGCAAUUUUAUUGUCUGUUUUCUCCUGGAGAAAGGACUUCUCCGUGUUUAAACAGAAAGACAAAAGCUCUCGGACGCUGAGCUCGUCUCCCGGCAAGCCUGGAAGUUCAGGAACACAGGACUGGCUGUUAAGAUUUCCCGUUUUUUCAUGUUUCCAACAGGUUUAUCUUCCCCUAAUCCCCCACCACCGCCAACCCAGGAGGCAAGACCAUCGACUACUGAUGUCAAAAACGAAAGCGGUGCCAUCACAUCUCCGAAGAAGAGGAAAAUAAACGGCUCAGAGAGGGAAGACACUACUGACACGAUCUCCUCUUCGCCUCCAAAGACCCUGAAUUCCUCCUCUUCUUCCUCCUCCUCCUGCUCUCCCACUCCGCUACACAUCCAGAAGAAGUUGAGGUUCGAGGAUUCAGUGGAUUUCAUAGGACUGGAUGUGAAAAUGGCUGAGGAGGCUGCCGCCGCUUCGUGCUCCAAUAACAAAAGCAAAGCCGUGUUCCUGUCCGGCGGCGUGGGACACCAUGCGAACGGACUGACGAAAACCGCAGGCUCCGGCACCUUCUCCAACAGUAAACCCGGUGCUGCCAAGAAACUAGUCAUCAAGAACUUCAAAGGUAGCAGAUGAUGUGAUUUCAACAUCCAAAACACUCACUGGCAGUAGUAUUCAACUUAAACUCAACAGUUUACACGACUUUAGGAGCUGUGAUAUAACCCCAACUACACUUAUACAAUCUGAUAUUGUAAUGCAGGAACAGUCAGACCCAAUACAGUCUUUCCAAAGUGAAAAGACUGCUUUAAAAAUGUUUAGCAAACCUCAAAUACUACAAAGAUUGAACCUAUUAAUCUAACUAGCAUCUAUUAGAACAGAAAAUAUAGGAGAUCACAUCAAGCUUGACAAACCCACAUGUCCUACACUUGUCAACAAAGGCAUAACUGUUAAGUCAGAAAUAUCAAUACAUGUAUGAGUAUAUAGAGUACUGGUCAAUACAACUGUACUAGAGGUUAAUUUCGCCAAACAGUCAUCAUAAGUCACAAAAUUCCCCAAAUUUACAGUCUUUAGAAAGAUUUUGACUUUGUACCGAUGUAGCGGUAAUGGUUAGACUUGUUAUACAAAUAUAGAAAGCUUGGCUGAGUGUUUUCUGAAACUAAUAAUGUUCGUUAUCAUGUUAUCAACUGAGUAUUCUCGCAAUUAUUGACCAACAGACAAAAAGGUUACCACGAUUGCAAAUUCAAAGACUUUAAAGUGGCGGAUACCAUUUUCCUUUAAAGUCCAAAACUUAAACCCUCCUAUUUUAUUCUAACAGCUUUGUUGAAAAACAGAAAUUGUCUCAUAGUUGCUCAAAAAAUAACAGAAUCUGAGGAAUGAGGAAUCUGAAAUGAUUAGUUUUCAUCAAUCCCUGCAGCUUCAGUGUGAUCUGUGACAUGAAACUAGUGUCAGUACUUUAACAUAAUCCUGAUCAUUUUUGUCCUUUUUUACAAGAAAUAUGAGAAAAUAUUAAUAUGGAUGUUGUAAUGAUGAUAUCUGGAAUUUUUAUGCUUUACCCUUUUCUCAAUGCUGCUUUUGCAGUCGCUAUCCACAUUCAGAAAACUGGUACAAAUAUGAAGCAAAACAACCUGGAAUACACAAAAAAAAUGUUCUACUUAUUUUUCUUAGCUAUACUUUAUAUUAACAAUCAUAAUAUCGUUGUAAAGCGAGUCUAAGAUAGUUGAAAAAUUGUAUGACGAUCUUAAGUGAUGCAUCACUUUCUCUGUUCAACUGGAGACUACAAAAUGCCCCUAAAAGAUGAAGAGCAGAAAUGACCACAUUACGGUCAUAGAAGAGUUAUGAAAUGAUGAUGUGGUGUGUCUGAUUGAAAGAGAGAGCUUUUCAGAGAGCCUUGUUAUCACAAAAGAUCAAUAUCAAUAUUAGAUGCUAGAGUCAUGACAGUAGGAUCCCUCAAGUCAGGACAAUAAUGUGCUGUUGCAUUAAUAUUGAGUUCUGCUCAAAGUAAUUAAACUCUCAGCAAUAUCAUUUCCAAAAACAAAAUUCAAUAAGCACAUGCAUGAUAUGUUUUGGUCACUAUCACCUGGUGGAGCUUUAAAUAGAAACAAACACAGCUGUUUUAAAAUAGCAUUGGUGACACAGCGUUGUGGUCUGAUUGGGUCAUCUGUAUGUCAGUUCACCAUGUUACCUCCACAGUUAGUGUUGUGUUUUUGUCUCGCUCAGAAAAGCCCAAAUUGCCGGAAAACUACACACAGGAGACAUGGCAGAAGCUGAAGGAGGCGGUGGAGGCCAUACAGAACAGCACUUCAAUCAAGUACAAUUUAGAGGAGCUCUACCAGGUAUCACAGCCACACACCUGCUGACCUCUCAGAGGAGGCUGACUGUUUUCAUGACCCCUCAAGAGAUUGAAAAAACAGUCAUUUUUGACGUCUGUUUUUGUCUCCUCAGGCUGUGGAGAACCUGUGCUCUCAUAAGAUAUCUGCCAAGCUUUACAAACAGCUGAGAGUUGUGUGUGAAGACCACAUCAAGGCACAGAUCGAUCAGUUCAGGGAAUAUCCUUUACGCUUGUUUCAUUAUAUUUUCCCAGGUAUUGAUUGUGUUUGAUUAGGUGUUGAUUGUGCAGCCUUAAAAAGCUCCUGAGUAAAAGCCAAAGUUUGCCUUAACUCUGUCCUUACGGAUGCCUUGGACAGCGUGCUUUUCUUAAAGAAAAUCGACAAGUGCUGGCAAGAUCACUGCAGACAAAUGGUAUGUUUGUUUGUUUGUUUGUUUUUUAAACAAAUUGGUCUGUUAACACCUCACCUCUGAAACGUGUCAAGAGUUGAGGAUGACAUGCAGCCAUGGGUCAGAGACAAACCUGGGCCACUGUAUGAGGCACUGAAGUCUCUGCACAGAUGCUGCAUGCGCGUACUGUGGAGCAAAUAACCGCUAAAAAAAGCCAUCUUGCAUUUUUCCUUCAUGUGUGCCAAUGUUAUGUUUGUGCAUAUUUUGUCUGGAGAAGGAAUGAUCACAUCAUCCUUAUUAAAUUGCAUUCUCUCUGUCCUUGCUCCACAGAUCAUGAUAAGGAGUAUAUUUUUAUUUUUGGAUCGCACUUACGUGUUACAAAAUUCAAUGCUUCCGUCAAUCUGGUGAGUGAUCCCUGAUGUAACCCGCUUUAAAACACUGUGAGGCUGGUUCUGUGUAAAAAGUGUGUUUGACAGCGACUCCUCUGGUCUGCAGGGACAUGGGUCUGGAGCUGUUCAGGUUCUACAUCAUCAGCGAUCUGAAGGUCCAGAGUAAAACCAUCGACGGGAUUCUGCUGCUUAUCGAGCGAGAACGAAACGGAGAGGCGAUAGACCGCAGUCUGCUGAGGAGCCUGCUAAGCAUGCUCUCUGACCUGCAGGCAUGUACUCUUUUAUGAUUACUUAAAUGUCAGCUGGGGCAAAUUUAUACUUGAAAUCCUCUAUCACCUGGAUUUUACCUUUUCUUUCACCACAAGAAGGCUGGCUUUGGCAGCAGUGUUUGUCUGAGAUUAUGAGCUGCAGCAGGCUGUGAUGAAGUGUCAUUCUCCUGUUGACAAAUGGCUUUAAUGAAACUCGUGCUCUCUCUGUCCCUGACAGAUUUAUCAAGACUCCUUUGAGCAACGAUUUUUGGAGGAAACUAAUCGACUGUACGCCGCUGAGGGACAGAGGCUGAUGCAGGAGAGAGAGGUGAUUUAUGUGACCCUCAUAGUCAGAGCCCAUUUUGUUUUUUCUCGUUUCAGUGAAUUACCGGCUCGAUUUCCGCUACCCAUGUAUUCAGCUCAUAUGUUGAAUGUCUGCACUAUUCACAGCAAAGAUACUUAUAAAUCUGAAACUAUCUGUAACACCAGGUAGCACAAUGAAACACACCGGGCUAUGAACUGCAAUUAAAUAAGAAAUCAAUCCCACCAACAUGCCCUCUAUAUGUAGCUGUUUGUGAUCAUCAUGCAACUCAAGCACAUUUUCUUUCUACUCAUCUGAAAAGCUUCUGCUCUAUCAAGACAACUGAUGAUGCAGCUGAUUUUACUUGCUGACACUUUAGAACAUAUUAAGUAUUCUCAUUAUUACUGUCUCAGCCCAGGAUGUGAUUUUCUUUCUUGGAUGCUGUCAAACACUUGCAUGAAUUCAGUUAAUUUGAGGCCAUUCAUCAGGAGCAGAUAUUCUUUCUUGUGAAAGUAUGACUGUAUCUGAAUGUAUUUCACAACAGGUGCUUCCAAACUUUGCCAUGUCAAGGAACCUGUACUUUUACAAGCUAGGGUGCAUGAUACUAUUGGCAUCAUAUCAGUGUCUGCAGAUAAUGGCUUAAAAAUAAAUGAUCUGUAUCAGCAGAUAGCCUACAAACAUUUCUGCAGAUUUAAUUAUCAGUAGACAGGUGAUUCUUUAAAGACAGCUUCCACAUGUUGGCUGAAGCAGCAGACUCAUUCCUGAAUCUCUGCGUUUAAAAACAAUAUAUUCAUCAUCUGUUGUAAAAUCAACAUUUGUUUUCAGAUUCUUACUUUUCCCUCUUUUCCAGGUACCAGAAUAUCUUCAUCACGUCAACAAACGCUUAGAGGAGGAGGCUGACAGAGUCAUCACAUAUCUAGACCAGAGCACACAGUGAGUGUUUGACUCUGGCUUUUGGUUUGCAAUUUGACACUUGACAAAGAUUUAUGUGUGUCGUGACCACUUUUUCCUCCCCCCUGCUCAGAAAACCACUCAUUGCCACUGUGGAGAAGCAGUUGCUGGGUGAACAUCUCACAGCCACUCUGCAAAAAGGUACUUUCAACAUUGAAUCCUUGAUGAAAAACACGCAUGAGAAGCAUUUAAAGUUGAAAGUUACUGUCUACCUGUGCUGUGCGUCUGAGCAUAUAAUGCACCUUUUGUGUGUAAAAGCAGCUGAUGUGUGAUUUUCUGUUGUUGGAUACUUUCAGGGCUGACUCACCUGCUGGAUGAAAACAGAAUUCAGGAUCUAUCUCUUCUCUAUCAGCUCUUCAGUCGCGUGCGAGGUGGUGUUCAGGUCCUCCUCCAGCACUGGAUAGAGUACAUAAAGGUACAACGAGGAUAAAAGCCCAAUAAUAAUAAUGUAUAAUGGAGUUGUUGAACAUUCAUAAGUUUUGUGUGUACUAUUGACAACUGUUUUGCAAUGUCUUUACUAUCAACAUCAAGGCUUUUGGGAGCACAAUCGUAAUCAAUCCAGAAAAAGACAAAACGAUGGUGCAAGAGCUGCUGGAUUUUAAAGACAAAGUAGAUCACAUCAUUGACAUCUGCUUCAUGAAGAACGAGAAGUUUGUCAACGCCAUGAAGGAGGCAUUCGAAACUUUCAUCAAUAAACGUCCAAAUAAACCCGCAGAACUCAUAGGUCUGUGGAGUUUUGUCUCCAGUUUAUAACAGUUGCGAUGUGUAGGAGAAUAACUUCAUCAUUAAGCUUUACUUACCAAUAUUCUUUUACAUACAGCAAAGCAUGUGGAUUCAAAACUAAGAGCAGGAAACAAAGAGGCCACAGAUGAAGAGCUGGAGAAGAUGCUGGAUAAGAUCAUGAUCAUCUUUAGAUUCAUCUAUGGUAAUAAUAUUCACUAUCAUUAAUGCAGUUUAAAGUUAUCCUCUGUUAGGUCAUUUCUAAUGAAAAAAUGUUCUGCCAUCGCAGGGAAAGAUGUUUUUGAGGCUUUUUACAAAAAAGAUCUGGCCAAGAGGUUGCUGGUUGGAAAAAGUGCCUCUGUGGAUGCUGAGAAAUCGAUGCUGUCAAAGCUGAAGCAUGGUCAGUAUUGACUGUUGUUAUACACACUUGAUACACAGUGAAUGCAGAAUGAGAUUUCAUAAUAGUACUUCAUGCUUAUUAAGAUUACAAACACAUCUUAACGUUUGACCCUGUUUGUGUUGGUGAUUUUUCAGAAUGUGGAGCAGCGUUCACCAGCAAACUGGAGGGGAUGUUCAAGGAUAUGGAGCUUUCGAAAGACAUCAUGGUUCAGUUCAAACAGGUAAGAAUGACAAUGGUGGGUUCAUUCCAGAUGAAUAUAUGCUGUCUGUGUCUGUGUAGAUUUCACUUGAUCCUGAAGACACUGGGGUUUUGUUUGAGAGGCAAUAGUCAGACAUUUAGUAAAAUUGUCUAAAAAAAAAUUAACAUCCAUGUCCAAAAUCCAAACAUCCAGUAUCCAUAUUAACUGGGCAUCCCUCAUGGCAACUUAGAGCAUAUGUAGGUGAAUCAAACUCUGGAUAUUAUCAGAUCUAUGACAAUGUAAAAUACGAUAUAUAAAUGAAAUAUUACACAAUUUCACAUCAAAUUUAUUUUACAGGGUAAUAAUUAGCAUUUAGAGAAAUCUAGGUUAAGUGAACGAGCAAUUCUUUUUAGUUUUUCCAUCAAAGGAAAUAAGUAUUCAGAGACUACCUUCAACUACAUUUGUCAAUGUCAGCACCAAUUUUAAAUAAUAAAUUUGACAUGAGUCAGUAUUGUGUUUCAUAAAAUUGUGAGUGUUUUAUGAAAUGUCAAAAUUGUUUACAGAUUAGAAUAAUAAGAUCAGGUGUCUUAUCAUAACACUUAAUGAAAAAGUGAAUUUGUCAUUCAGAUAGUCUGUUAUUACAUUUCACUCACACCUGGUGUGUAGUCUGGUCUAAAUAUCAACAAACAAGCCCCGGAGUGAUUGAUAAUUUUGUGUGCGGGGCAGAAAUAAGUAUCACAUGUCAUUGUGUACUAUUUGUUUUUCUGUAGUAUAUGCAGUGCCAAAACAUUCCUGGCAACAUUGAACUGACCGUGAACAUCCUCACUAUGGGUUACUGGCCCACCUACGUCCCUAUGGAGGUGCACCUGCCUCCUGAGGUAAGUGCUGAGAAAAUGUCAUAAUAUGCUUUAUUUAAACACCAGUCUUUUGAAAACUAUACUGUAUGUUCCUCUAUAACGCUUCUAUUUUUGUUCUCUAGAUGGUGCGACUGCAAGAAAUCUUCAAGACCUUCUACUUGGGCAAACACAGCGGCAGGAAGCUGCAGUGGCAGUCCACACUCGGUCAUUGUGUCUUAAAAGCUGAAUUUAAAGAGGUAUUAGUUAGUUUGUAUAGACACUGGUGUGCUUUGCUCACCUGAUGAAUAAGCGUAGCCUUAAGGAUUCUCUUUGAUUUCUCCUAUUAAAGGGCAAGAAGGAGCUGCAGGUGUCACUAUUCCAAACACUCGUGCUACUGAUGUUUAAUGAAGGAGAGGAGUUCACUCUGGAGGAAAUCAAACUGGCAACAGGAAUAGGUCUGUAUGAUCACAAUAAAGUGAAGUUGGCAGCACUUGAAAGGAAAAAUAAGUCUUACUGAGUGUUCAUCAUGUAGUGCUGCUGAUGUAACACACCAUUCCUGGUUCUGUUUCUUAACAGAAGACAGUGAACUGCGCCGGACCCUGCAGUCGCUGGCCUGCGGAAAAGCACGUGUCCUCACUAAAAUCCCAAAAAGCAAAGAUGUAGAAGACGGGGACAAGUUUUCCUGCAAUGACGACUUCAAACACAAGCUGUUCAGGAUCAAAAUCAAUCAGAUCCAGAUGAAAGAAACUGUAAAUAUUUGACUUCCUAAUCACUUAUUCCCUUCAGUCUCUUAAAGGUGAUGGCAGAUGAUUUUGACAAACCUAUUUCCUCUCAGGUGGAGGAGCAGGCAAGCACCACAGAAAGGGUCUUCCAGGAUCGUCAGUACCAGAUCGAUGCCGCCAUCGUGCGGAUUAUGAAGAUGAGGAAGACCCUGAGCCAUAAUCUCUUGAUGUCUGAAGUGUACAACCAGCUGAAAUUCCCUGUUAAGGUGAUAAACACAACCCUGAACUAUAAUAAGCACAAUUCAUUGAUUUGUACAAGAAAGAGUGUAACUCUAAACAGUUCUUUUUUAUUUUGAGUGGAUGUUUUUCAUUAAAUCUUAUUUAUUUAUUUUUCAACGAAUAUAUUACACAAUUAUUAUGCUUAUUUUUAAGUUAAAAUUAAUAAUAAUGGCACAAAAGGAGUGAAUGUGGACAGGAUGUUCAGGCUUAUAAAGAACUGAAACUUUGAAAUAGUCUGAAAAAGAUAUUUAUGAUGUUAUUACUGUCAAAUUUCACAUUGUUGAAAAACAAAUAUCGAUACAAAAGAAAACACAUCAUGCUUUCAUUCAAAGAGUUAACUGAUCCAACAACACUUUAGACAUACAAUUUGAAUUUCAUCACAUUUUUUAGUUAUAUUUGAAAUGAAACUUAAAAAUGUAAAUCUAACUUCUUUUUUCUUUCAUUUUAAUGGAAAAGCACGAUACCUCAACCACCUUCAGCUUCUUAGAAACUAUCAACUGGAAAUAUUUAGAGAGAGUUCAGUUCCCCACCCAAGGUUUCUGCCUGUUAUAAGAAAGUUUUUCCUCGCCACUGUUACUCAUGUUAGAUGAGAUGGGCCAAAUCCCAUCUUAGGUCGGGUCUUGAUAAUUCAUCAAACAAUGAGCAUGGUCUAGACCUGCUCUUGUUCUUUGAAAAGUGUCUUGAGAUGAUGACUGUUGUGAAUUGGCGCUGUGUAAAUAAAAUUUGAUUGAUUGAUUGAUUGAUUGAGUUAAAAGUUCAGUUAAAAGAUAAGAUUUAAUGCUAGACUUUACUUGCUUGUACAAGACGAACUUUUGUUUACCAAGUUACACUGGGCAUGGCUAUCAUGAAUCAGCUUUCUCUUUAAUUGCAUCACAGUUAUAAAAAUAACCAGAAAUGUUGGCGUGUGCCCCACGUGUAAACUUGUGCGUCUCCUCUUCCCUUUCAGCCCGCUGACUUGAAGAAGAGGAUAGAGUCUCUUAUUGACAGGGAUUACAUGGAGCGUGACAAAGAGAACUCCAACCAGUACAACUAUGUGGCUUAGAGAACGAGAAAGUGACAGAAAAAAGAGACACAGAUGGUCCAGUCAGGCUGAGGUGAUCAGUCUCUAAAUCUUUUGCUCCAGUGGACGUUAACCUUUAUCAUCUUCAACCCAGCGACCGACAAGUGAAUGGAUACUGCUCCACAGGAUUUGUUUUUUGUCAGGGGUCUUGUGAUCCUGUGGACUGCAUGCCCAUUGAAAAGAGAAUAUUGUCCAUUUUUCUCAGCACAGCUGAGAGAGUUGGGCUGCCACAGACGGACAGAGAGGACACACAGAUGUUGUUGUGUUGGCUUUUCAUUUUUCUUUUUUUUCUUUUUUUUUUUUUUAAGGAGAGGAAAAAUAUUUAUUUUCAGACUUAGGUUCUUGUCCAUAGUUUGAAACUAUAUGCUCUUUGUUUUCACAUCCUUUUUUCCUUUUUCUUUUUUUCAGCAAUUCCUGACUCACUUUUUAAACCUCUAAAUGUACCACACUUUGGAGAGAAAAAGGAUCAGAAAAUACUAAACUGAUGCUUGUUUCCUCAGUGAGUGUCAAACGUUGGACUAGUGGGCUAAAAUUCGCAGUAGGCAAUUGACAAUUUGGGAAAUAUCCAUGUCGAAUGUAUGAUCCUGCAGCAACAGUUUUUAAGGGCAGUGUGGCCAUCUGAUAAAGCUGUGAUCAUGAACACAUAGCGUUCAAACAUUUUGUGCCAAAAAAGGAGCACUUCUUUCAUUAUAGGGCAUAUUGAAGCUGCUAAAACAGUUUAGUUGUACAACUAUAUGCAUUUAACUUUCUCAUUUGUUCUGUCUUUGUAUUUUUUUGUACAUAACAUCACAAAAGUAACAUUUUAAAUGAUCUCAUCUGACAGUCAACUGCUUUGUAGGUUUUUGUUAACCCUUAGAAAGAUUACUAAGAGCACAACGACAUCAAAGCCAAUUCCUUCAUCUUCCCUGGUGUCAUUACACAUAUUUACACUAAAUUUUUGUAUGUCUCCCUGUGAGGCUUGCAGGCCUUAAUGAAGAGUGCAGGGAAAGUGAGUGGAUUUCCUCAACACAAGUAAAAAAAAAAAAAAUUUGACUGCGUAGAGCCCU